AUGACGUUCCAUCCCCUUUACACCAAGGAAAGGCAACGGCGCAUGGCAGAUGAACACAGUCACGCUCCUUCAAGCACCAAUCAAGCCGAAAUCCUAGCAAUCAAUGAGGCCCUCAGGGCCAAAAACCAGAAAAUGGCCGAAUUCUUGUACCAGAUGGAGCAUGACCGUAGCAAAGGAGGAGAACACAAGAACACCGAAAAUAGAAACAACAAUGAUGAACAUACAUCGAAAACUAAACAUACCAUCCCCAAAACCACAAAAACAAUCACCAAAAGAACCAACCCCUUCACAAAGGAAGUCAUGAGCUUCGAAAUGCCCAAAAAUUUCACCCUGCCUUCGACUCUAAAACCCUACCAAGGAAUAGGAGACCCAAACGUCCAUGUCACUAAAUUCCAUGCCAUGGUGUUUAUGAACAAAGAAUCUGACCUAAUUUUAUGUUGCACUUUCCCAACCUUUCUAGACGAAGCUGCCUUAAUUUGGUUCUCCAACCUCCCCGAAGGUUCCAUCUCAAACUUUGAUGAGCUGGCCAACCAGUUUGUCAAUCAUUUCGCCGCGUCUAAAAUAUACGUCCACAACUUUGACUAUCUGAGCACCAUCAAGCAAGGGCCGAAUGAAAGCCUGAAAGAUUACAUGACCAGGUUCGUGGAAGUGACCAAUGAAAUACCCAACCUGAACCCUGAAGUCCAUCUCCACGCCCUCAAAAGCGAUCUCCAUCCAGGGAAAUCCCAAGAGUCCAUAGUCAUAGCAAAGCCAAAGACUCUGGCCGAGUUCCGAGAAAAAGCAACAACCCAGAUCAAAAUUGAGGAAUUUCGAGCACUGUUAAGAGCAAAAAAAUCUACCUCAAACAGAGAGGAGGAAAGGCGAAACAGACAAUCAAACAGCAGAACGGACCAGAGAUCGUUCAGACUAACACCUGAAUUCGACAGUUACACCCCCUUAAUACAAAAAGGGAGGACAUUAUAA